GGCGGUUUGGAGUUGGAGGGCAGACUGAAUAUGGUGAUUGGAUGAGCUGAAGUCACGAGACUAGACAGGAAAACACACACACACUCACACACACAUUCAGAUAUUCACACACAGAGUGCUGCUGCUGCUGCUGCUGAUCAGAUCCGGGAAAAUGAGUGAGUCUUUAGUGGUGUGUGAGGUGGAUGGAGAUCUGGUGAAGAAGCUGAGGGAUUUCCGCUUCAGAAAGGAAACCAACAAUGCUGCUAUCAUCAUGAAGAUCGAUAAGGACAGGCAACUGGUCAUUUUAGAUGAAGAGCAUGAGGAUAUUUCUCCUGAUGAUCUAAAAGAUGAACUACCUGAGAGACAGCCCAGAUUUGUAGUGUAUAGUUAUAAAUACCAGCACGACGAUGGAAGAGUUUCUUACCCACUCUGCUUCAUCUUCUCCAGUCCAGUUGGGUGUAAACCGGAGCAGCAGAUGAUGUACGCUGGGAGCAAGAACAAACUGGUGCAGACAGUGGAGCUCACUAAGGUGUUUGAAAUCAGGAACACUGAGGAUCUGACUGAGGAGUGGCUGAGGGAGAAAUUGGGCUUCUUCCGUUAAAAGCAUGAAAGGAAACAGCGAAAAGGAUGACCAAGGCAUCAUAUGUCACCUCCGAGAGAUGAAACCAUUCAUGUAACACUAAAGUGUGAGAGUGUGUGUGUCCGCGAAUGUGUUUAGGUUUAUUUAGUUUUUGUUUUUGAACCCUUCCCCGAACACUACAUAUAACCAGCUUCAGCUUUAAACAGAAGAGCAUUUUACGUGGAACAACACUAAAAAAAAUGUACUGCUGUUAAAGGGCAUUCCCAGUCAUUCCGCUUCCAUUCUCAGCCAGACUGAAUAAAAACAGCAGUAACACUGCCAUCUUCAGACUAGAGCAGUAACAGCAGCCUAUACAAACCUGGUUAUACAGCAAAUGAACUAAAACAUUUAGAGUUCACACACAAACAGUGUUUUUUUUUGUUUUGUUUUGUUUUGUUUUAUAUAUAUAUAUAUUUGAUUGGUUUACUGCAGUCAGCAUAACUUUUUUUAAGCAUUACAUCUAUAACUCAUUACUCAGGACACAUUCCAUAACUGCAGCGACAAUAAUAAGGGUCAUUUCUUACAGAUUGUAUUGCCAGUAAAUUGUUGCUUUUGUAAGAAAUGGGUGAAUCUCUGAAACAGUGACUGUAUAAGAGAAGGAAAAUCAUUUGUUUGUGUUAUUUGAUAUUGUGUACUGUAGCUCAGUUCAUGUGACAUGUUCACACAGUGUAAACAGCAGCAUAUGUUUUAAAUGGGUGGAAACAAAAUGUCAAAUGUAAACUGAAUGAUGAUGUUUUACUAUUAGUUUGAAGUGCCUGUGUGACAUUUUAAGGUUGUUAAGGUGUGAUGUUGAGGCUGUUUUUAACACCAGCUGUGAGGACUGUGAGUACUGGGAUAUCAGACAGAUUGGGAGCUUAACUGUUUUUAAUCUUGCUUUGAUAGUUUACAUUUAACAGUAGUUUAUAUUAAGCAAACCAUUGACUUUAGUCAUUAAUGAUCAUGUUAUUUGUUUUUAAAUUGAUGUAAAAUUGUAGCAAUUAUAAUGUGUUUUUUUGACACACUAGAUAUAAAUUUAAUUCAAAAUGUAUAAAUCAAUUAAAGAAAUAAUAAUUUACAAAAAUACCAAAAUUAAUCAAACUUUAAAUAAUUUUCUAAAAAACGCAGUACAAUCUAAAGGUUGGCAAUGUACACUCCUGUUUGAUAUAAAUUAAUUGGAAUAAAAAGAGAACUCUUUAAUUAUUA